AUUUUAGCUGAUGGCAGACUUUUUAGAGGGAGAUCCAGGAGAGACAAUCCACCGGAAUAUGGAUGUAGAGAUGGAUCGGAUGGAGUCCAAUAUCUCCAAACAAGGAUACAGCGAUGGGUUUCUUGCUGGUAAAGAGGAAGGUACCCAGAUAGGUUUCGACAGAGGUUUCAAGAACGGUGCUGGAUUAGGUACCAGCUGGGGGUCGAUGGAGGGCAAGAUGACUGCUAUGAUACAUGUUUACCCGAAUAAAGCAGGCCAACUGAAACUGCUGUUAGAAGAGCUGAAGGAGAGUUUCGAUGAACAAAACAGAUACUUCUCUCAGUUCGGUGAAGAACGAACGAGCGUGUCUCAAGCCCAUGGGAUCACGAUAACUAAAACCUACUACGCUACCACCGACAUCCCAACAUCAUCUUCAGACCACCAAUCGUCCCUCAACCCUCCGGAGUCAGGGUGUUGUGGUGGUGGUUCCUCCAGUAAUGGGUGCUGCAAUCAGUCGGGCGAAUCAUCGUCUUGUCGUAAAAACGGCACUGGAAAUGUUAGUUUCGGGACGAAUGAUAUGAUGUCUGAACUUGAAUCCUUGUCGAGUUCAGGUGGAGGAGGCUUUGAAGAUAGGUUAAGAUUGUUCGAACAGAAAUUGGAUCAUAUCAUACGGAACUGUUGAGGAUGUUUUAGCAAUUGAUUUUUAUCCCAUUUUGAUUUUUAUCGAUGUUGACGAAUGUGUUAUCUGGGAUGGUAAUUUAUUGAAUUAUUGUGAUUUUGUACAAAUUGAUCAAAGUGGGUAAUAGCGGGGAGAUGAUGCAAGUAUAUUUUAAAAGUGGCUGUGACCAAUCAAAUCCCAGAACUGCUCUCACGUGCACCACCUUCCCGCAUAGUUCCUGACAUUUAUUUUCAACCUUACAUUUUACAACGU